AUUUAUAGUCAAUAUUUUGAACUUUUUGGAACAAGUCUACACGUACUUUCAAAUUUGAAUUUGGACAGUUUUUAAAUUCACAUUUUGCCAUGAGUCCGGAACCAAGAAAUCGAGAUCCAGAAUACUGUUUUAGGUCGCCUCUAGAGGAUCAUCCUACACUUCCCAAUAGACCCCCUAAAUGUCCAUGGAAGAAGGACCUUCAUAAAACUGAACAAUCUCCACAUGGCAAAUGGGACUGGAAACCCUCUGAUGGGAAAAUACUUCCCAGUAUACUUAAAGCUGUAGGAAAUACACCUUUGGUAAAAAUGAAUAAAAUUCCAAAAGCUGAAAAUAUAGAGUGCGAAAUUUAUGGAAAAUGUGAAUUCAUGAACCCAGGUGGAUCAAUAAAAGAACGGAUGCUUAUUCGAUGUAUUGAAGAUGCGGAAAAAUGUGGCACCCUAAAACCUGGUAUGACAAUUAUUGAAACUACUUCUGGUAAUACCGGCAUCGCAUUGGCUUGGGUAUGUGCUAUUAAAGAUUACAAAUGCAUUAUCGUAUUACCAGAUAAGUCUUCAAAGGAGAAGGAAGAUAUCAUGAAAGCAUUUGGUGCAACAGUCGUAAGAGUUCCAAUGGGGGAACCAGAUAUUAGUGAAAAUGGAAAGUACGGAAAAACCCACUAUCUUCAUAAGACAACACCAAAUUCCAUUAUACUAGAUCAAUUUUCUAAUCCAUCCAAUGCGGUAGCCCAUUAUGACGUUACAGCUGAAGAGAUAUAUUACCAGUGUGAUGGACAAGUUGAUAUGAUCGUUAUUGCAGCUGGUACAGGUGGAACUAUGACUGGUAUAGGUAGAAAGUUUAAAGAAAUUUCUCCGAAUACAAUAAUAAUAGGUGCCGAUCCUUAUAGUUCAAAGUUUGCUCAACCAGACAAAAUUAAUGAAACAAAUGUGAAGUUUUCCGAAGUCGAAGGUAUAGGAGAUACUAUUAUUCCUACAAUAUGUGAUCGAACGAAUAUAGAUAAAUGGUACAAAUUAUAUGACAUAGAGUCUCUGAACGUAGCUAGAAGAUUAAUUAAGGAAGAAGGAUUAUUAGUUGGAUUAAGCAGUGGCGUAAUAAUGGCAGGUGCUUUAAAAGCAGUUAAAGAAUAUAACUUGGGAAAGGGAAAGAAAGUGGUAGUUGUAUUGCCAGACGGUACCAGAAACUAUUUAACUAAAUUCAUUGUUGAUCAAUGGAUGGAACAAAGAAAAUUAUUACCUGCUGUUAACACCCGUAAUCAUUGGUGGUGGGAUAUUUAACAUUAUGGAACUGGGCUUUAAACCAAUUCAAAAUGUAGACCAAUCAGCAUCUCCCAGAGAGGUUUUAGCCCUCAUGGAUCAACUUAAUGUGGAUUAUUUACCUGCUGUAAAAGAUGGAGUCAUAGUUGGAGUGGCUACACGAAUAAACACUCUCAAUCGUCUCAUAGCGGAGGGGACACCAAAUGACGAAAUUAAGAAUUGCUUAGUGCGGAUGUUUUCUAAAUUACCCAAAGACAGUUCUCUUGGACUUGCGUCCAGAGUUUUGGAAAUUGAAUCUUACGUCGUAAUCUUGGACACGGAUGACAAAAUCGAUAAAGCUCUAGGAGUAGUGACAUCUGACGAUAUUUUUUCUUUUAUAGAAAAUUAUAAAAUGAAGUAAUUGAUAAUACCCUUAUCAGGCCAUUAAUAUGAACAUUGGACACUUAUCAAUAUAUCUGAAGGUAUUGCAUUCUGGCGUUCAAAUAGGUUUUAAUAAUACUGUAUUAACUAUUACUGCAGAUACAUAUUGCUUAUAUUAUGAAUUUUAAUAAAAUGCUUGAAUUUU